UUAAUUGAUUAUUUUAGGUAGUUGAUAAUCACGUUAUAAAAUAUCAUCCACCUGAAGUAUUUGCAAAAAUGAGAUUUGGUCCAUUACAUAAUGAAAACGGAAGAUUAGGAUGUCUCAUUGUUGGAGCAGAAAGUGUAGAUCCUCAAAGAUUUUCAGCAGAAUACAUUGGCCUUUUCAAUGAAGCUGGGGUUAUGCCAAAAAGGAAACUAACGAAAUUUUAUAUUACUCCUAAUGCAGCUCUUCAACCAGGAACACCACUAUAUGCUACUCAUUUUAGGCCUGGAGAUUAUGUAGAUGUUUGGGGUAAAACAAUUGGUCAUGGCUUCCAAGGUGUUGUGAAAAGAUGGGGAUUUAAAGGUGGUCCUGCAUCGCAUGGAUCUACUAAGUUUCAUCGUAAACCUGGCUAUAUAGGUGGAGGAAGCAAGAGGGGAGUAAUGAGAGGCAAAAAAUUACCUGGUCACAUGGGACAAGAAAGAAGGAUGUUAAGAGGAUUAAAGAUUUGGAGGAUUAACACUGUGCAUAAUGUAAUUUGGGUACAAGGCCCAGCAGUGCCUGGAUCAACUCAUGCUUUUGUAUACAUUUUUGAUAGCAGUGUAAAAGAUUGGUGUCACACUGAAGAAAGUCAUCCUCCCUUUCCAACUUACUUUCCGGACGAUGCCAAAGAACCUCUGCCAGAAGAAUUGUAUGACAAAGAACUCCAUAAUUUUUCGGAUCCAACAAUUACAUUUGAAAAUGUAGAAGUUAAAAAUUAAUUGCAAAUAUAUACAAAACAGUAUGUAAUUUACUAGUAAAGAUUUUAAAAAAUUAUUUA